GACUUCGUGUUGGAUAUUGGAGCAACGUUUCAAAUUAUAGGUUUGAGAAGCGUUUUGAGAAGUCUAGCGUGCGCUAAGUGGUCGUGUUCCUCAUGUUGCAAUGCAAUUGGGAAUCUGUUGGUGGAUGUUUGGAUGACGUCACUGAGUUGAGGUCUUCCGACAACCUACAAGAGCCACAAUUCCAUGACAACGACAGAUGUGUUUGUCUUCAGACAGACGAAAACGAUGAUCAGCGUUCUUGUAUUCUUUCUUUUAAUCCAAGAGCUGUUGCAUCUUAUUCUCCUGAAUCAAGCCAGAUGAACACUUUGAACUGUUUGGUUGGAUUCGCGAUCAUCAGUCAAGCGAGAGUCGUUGAAGUCCAUUGUGAGACUGCAGGCUAUUGUGGGACAUCGAGAGGGAGUGUGGUAGAGAAGGGAGACGGUGGGGUGUAUUACAAGGUUGAGUUUAGUCACGACACACCUAUUACCUCGACUGUUACAUUGAAGCUUAUCUCAUUUCCUGAGACUAACAAAGUGCUGAUAAAACACAUUGUCGUACUCACUCAACCUGUGACUGUUGAAAGCACAAGAACUAAUGCAUCUCAUCAAGGACUCAACUUAGCAUGUGUGAGAUCUCUCAUAACGUCAACCGGUCAGCCACUUGCACCACAAGCCGAACAACUGCUGAAAUCAGUCGAAGAAUAUCAACAGAAUAAGUUGUCUACAAUACAAGACUUUCAGUCCAUGAUGUCUCAGGUGCCCGCACUGGCUACUAGCGGAAUGGACCGACUGCUCACUCAUUCUUCACCCUCCAACGCGGCCAUCGAAAUCGGGUCGCCUGACAGACACACCGAAGAACCGGACGACAUUUCUCCUCUUGUCGCAAUUUUCAAACAAUUCAGAGAAGAGAAAGAGACACGAGACAGACUCAACGAACAGGAAAUCGUCGAGAUGAGACCCGACGACACGCCGACAAAUGAACACGACACGUCAGCUGACCUCGAAGAUCGCAUGUAUGCCUACAUCGACACGAAGUUCCAAGCCCUACAGACUCAUCUCGAUGCCAGACUAUCGACGAUCGAGUGUCUGCUGAAGGACCUCACAUGCAAUCGCACAGAAAAAGAAUAGAAUUAUUAAUAUCAA